AUGAUUCGUCGAGUCGUUUACGAUGUGGAAUUCUGCGUACUCGUCAAAGAGAAGUUAAAUCCAUGUGAUAGUGUACUAGUUACUGGUUCAUGUGAACAAUUAGGUGAAUGGCUUCCAAGUCGAUGUAUACCAUUGAAUCGAACGGAUAAGACUGACGAAGGGGAAACUUGGUCAACCAAUAUUAAAAUCUACGGCCCACAAAAGAUCUCCUAUCGAUAUCUAAUCGCACAAAUCGUCCGCUUUGAUGAUGAUUUAAACUUGAUUGUGAAGAAAUGGGAAACGUUUAAGAAUGCACGUCAAUUAUCACUGAAUCAUCUGACAAACUAUUCCGAUGACAGAGCACCGACGAUAGCAGACGCGUCGAUUGAGAACACGCCACCCGACGAGUUUCCAGCUAUCUUCGGCUGUUACAAAGGAGAAUGUCGCACUGACAUUGGAUGGUUGACUGGUCAAACAGAAAUCCAGUUGCGUUUUCAUUCCAAUGCUUUACAAAUCUGGUCAACAAAACUACGUAACAGUAACCUUUCGUUGAAAGUGUCACCGAUUGAUCUGAAUUACCAACAAGAAAAUGAAGAAAUCUCUCCUGAUCUAUCUAGUCAAGUUUUUACACCCACGUCGAAAGUGUUCAUUCAAUCGGCUAUCUUACGUUUGUCGGGCUGCGAAGCCAAUUUUCAAAGGGAUUAUGGUGCUGUGCUGGAAAAAGAUGAUUAUAUGGUAGUGAAAAUUCAAACAUUUGAACCAGAAAAUGUUGCCUAUCACAUCGAUUUCUAUCUUGUGGACGAAACAACACCAUUAAGAAAACAUAUCGGUUUUGCAUAUGUUUUACCAAUUCAUUCGAAUCUUGAACUAGCGGAUAAUAAACAUCUCAAUCGAAUAGUACCGAUCAUUGGGCUCAAACACAAUCCAAUUGGACAAAUAAAAAUCGAUGUUCUAUUAAUAACACCAUUGAAAGGUAUUCAACAAAAAUUCGCUGUUUCGCCAUCAAAGUAUUGGCGUCAAGGCCGACGACCCGUCAAUGUUGGCCAUCGUGGCCUAGGUAAAACAAAUACAGAACACAUACCAUCAAAACACCAAGCACAAGUAUCAUCAUCAUCGUCAUCGUCAACAUCACCACCUGAUCUGAGCAAGCAACGUUCGUUGGAUUCGUCAACCCCACCACCUUCGUCAGUGUCAAGACCAGUUCAAACAAAAUUUGUUAGUGAAAAUACACUUGCUUCGUUCAAAGGUGCUUUUCAGCUUGGUUUUGACUUUGUCGAGUUUGACGUACAAUUAUCCAAGGACAAAAUUCCGGUGGUGUACCAUGAUUUUCAAGUCGCAAUUACUCUCAAACGCAAGGGACACGAAGCCGAACUAUUCGUUGUUCCAGUUAAGGAUCUAAGUUUACCACAACUUCAAUCAUUGAAGAUUUACCAUGCCAGUAAAGAAGGUGAAGUACGCAAAGGUGAUGAAGAGCUAGACGAUGAUGAUUCGACGAAUCUAACCCCGAACGCUUUAUCAAUGUCGACAUUUACUCCAUUAAGCAAUGGAGAAGACGAGCAAUUAGCAAGUUUAAAAUUUGGACAGCAGCAAGAUGAGAAAAAAUUUCUUUCAUUGUUUCCAACAUUACAAGAACUAUUCGAAAAACUCGAUCCACAUCUUGGUUUCAAUGUAGAGAUCAAAUAUGCUAUGGAAUAUCGACAAGGCGGCAGCGAACAAAAUCAUUUCUUCGAACGAAAUGAGUAUAUCGAUUGUAUACUCCGCUGUCUUCUUAAUUACGCGGGUAAACGCGUGAUUGUUCUGUCGACUUUCGACCCUGAUUGUGCUUCCAUGCUCCGUCGAAAACAGACAUCCUUCCCAGUUUUGUUUUUAACACAAGGUGAAAAAGGAGACUGGCCACAAUAUUUGGACGUUCGAACGUGGUCAAUCGAUAUUGGCUUAUGCUUCUGUGUCACAGAACAAUUGUCCGGUUUAGCAGCACCCGCAUUAGAUAUUCUUUUGAAUAAAGAAUUUGUUAAGAAUGUUAAGGACAAUGGUAAACUACUAUUCAUUUGGGGUGAUGAAGCAAGUGAUAAGGAAGUAUCCAAAUGUUUAUUGGAUUUACGAGUUGAUGGUUUAAUCUUUGAUCAUGUCGCUGAAUUGAAAGAUGAAUAUUCGAAAGCGGAAAAUCUCUUCAUUUCCGAAGAACGUGAAGAACUAGAAGUAUUGAAUAGCUUCCGACAGAAACAGCUUGAACUUCAACAUCAACAGUUAUUACAAGAACUCGAACGAUUGAAAACUGCACGAGAAAGCAAUACCAUCGUUCCUUCUCUAACAUCACCAUCCUUACCCAGUCAAAACUCGAAAUUCGCUAUUAAUUCCGUACAAGAUCAAGCCGUAGUACUUGAUUCUAAUUUUAAACAUUUAAUGUAG